CUUCAAAGGAUUCCUAUAAUUAGCCGACUUCGAGCUAAGAUCUCUAACAAAAACUAGAUGAAAGGAUAGAGUAACAAACAAAGCGAGGAGUGAGGACUCCUCUAAUAGUCAACGGUCAACACAAUUUGACCGUCCCUGUCCGUCUUCCUGCCAUCUAUGCAUGCCCUGAGCACACAGCUCAUGAAACGCGCAAAGAAAACCCCAAAAGCAGCGGAAAACACCCCUUCUCACUCUCACUCCCACUCAACGUCCACACCCAUCUUCUUCCUUCUUGCUCGGUGAAGAGUGGAGAGUAAGAACGAUAGAAUGGGAAGAACACCUUGCUGUAACAAAGAAGGGUUAAGGAGAGGAGUAUGGACACCCGAAGAAGACAAGAUUCUUGUUGACUACAUCACUAACAAUGGACAUGGUAACUGGAGAUCUCUCCCUAAACUUGCAGGUCUGCUCAGAUGUGGAAAGAGUUGUAGGCUUAGGUGGGCAAACUACCUUCGCCCCAAUAUUAAGCGUGGCGAAUUCAGUGCAGAAGAACUUAACACUAUCAUUCAACUUCAUAGUGUUCUUGGUAACAAGUGGUCUGCCAUAGCCUCCCAUCUGCCAGGAAGAACAGAUAAUGACAUAAAGAACUACUGGAACUCACAUUUAAGGAGGUUGGCAGUUCAUCCCAACCAUCAAAACCAGCAGCUGUCUCCUGUUGAAUCUUUGAGUAAGAUGGACUGUGACCCAUUUCUGCGUCUUUUGAAUUCUAAAGUCGGAGAAUCAUUUUGUGGUGGUUUCAAGAAAUCUUAUCAAAACCCAGAAAUUUCACAAGCUUCUGCGUCAUCAACUGGCAAAACUCAGUCAUGUUCUGGGAUCACACUGCAGAAUGAUGAACCUUCUUCAAAGAAUUUCUGCUCUUCUAACACCAUGUCUAUGCAUUGCAAAGUAGAGGAAGAGGAUAGCUCAGAGAUUGCACUCAAGCUGCUGCUGGAUUUUCCUGCUGGUGUUGAUGAAAUUCUGGGAUUGUUGCAUGGACCAGGAGACGAUCUCUCGUUUUAUGAUCAUCAAUGCUAACUCAUCUAAAUCUGCAUAUUAGCAGCCUAGUUUGAUCAUAGAGAUGCUGCUACAUGUAUCUAAAUAUAUUUAGCAUCCUGGUUUUGUUUUUACUUGGUACUGCUUAGGUUGUGGUAAGAUUUAUAAGUAGUUUUGAUCUUGGUACUGCAAUACAUUUAGAAAUAUGACAGAAAGGAAAGAAACUUGUUGGUAUGUGACUCAUUUUGGUAGGUAUGCUUUGGUGCUUGACGCAGUUGAAAAUUUCUAUCCUACUUUCCUUAUUUCGAACUUGAGUCGAGACAAUUCGUUACGCUAUCAAGUUUAUCUCAAUCUUGAAUUUCUUUAA